UGGACGCUCUCCCUCACAACCCCCCAAAAGAAGCCCCGUGAAUUUCUUCAAUUUUCGAGGAGCUCUUUAAAAGUUAAUGAGCGGGGAUCUGAUGAGCUUCUUUCUUCUGAUGACAUUGACGGACCCUUUACCAUGAACAAUUCUACUUCUACAGGUGUGUAUGCUAAUGGGAAUGACAACAAGAAAUUUAAAGGAGAUAGACCUCCCUGUUCGCCUUCUCGUGUUCUCCAUCUUCGCAAAAUUCCAAGUGAUGUCACCGAAGCAGAGGUCAUAUCAUUAGGUCUACCAUUUGGCAAAGUAACUAAUCUUUUGAUGUUGAAAGGAAAGAGCCAGGCUUUCUUAGAAAUGGCUUCUGAGGAAGCUGCUGUUACUAUGGUGAAUUACUACACUCCUGUUACUCCUCACCUUCGAAGCCAGCCUGUUUUUAUUCAGUAUUCCAAUCACAGAGAACUUAAGACUGACAAUCUACCUAAUCAAGCUCCUGUGAACUUUUUCCAGAUAUUUUCUAAAUUUGGCACAGUCUUGAAGAUUAUCACCUUUACAAAGAAUAAUCAGUUUCAAGCCUUGCUUCAGUAUGCUGACCCAGUGAAUGCACAUUAUGCCAAAAUGGCUCUGGAUGGCCAGAAUAUCUAUAAUGCAUGCUGCACUCUGCGUAUUGACUUCUCCAAGCUCACCAGCCUUAAUGUGAAAUAUAAUAAUGACAAAAGCAGAGACUUCACUCGUUUAGACCUUCCUACUGGUGAUGGCCAGCCAUCCCUUGAACCCCCUAUGGCUGCUGCUUUUGGUGCACCAGGUAUAAUUUCUUCACCAUAUGCAGGGGCUGCUGGAUUUGCCCCAGCCAUUGGAUUUCAUCAAGCUACAGGUAUAUCAGUCCCAGCUGUUCCUGGAGCUCUGGGCCCUCUCACAAUCACCUCCUCUGCUGUCACUGGAAGGAUGGCCAUUCCUGGGACUAGUGGUGUACCAGGAAAUUCUGUUCUGCUUGUCACCAAUCUCAAUCCGGAUCUUAUCACACCACAUGGGCUUUUUAUCCUAUUUGGAGUAUAUGGUGAUGUACAUCGAGUGAAGAUUAUGUUUAAUAAGAAAGAAAAUGCCUUGGUUCAGAUGGCAGAUGCAAGUCAAGCUCAGCUAGCCAUGAACCACCUGAGUGGGCAGAGACUUUACGGAAAAGUGCUUCGUGCUACACUGUCCAAACAUCAGGCAGUUCAGCUUCCCCGAGAGGGACAAGAAGACCAAGGUCUGACUAAGGAUUUUAGCAAUAGUCCUUUGCAUCGCUUUAAAAAACCUGGCUCUAAAAACUUCCAGAAUAUUUUUCCACCAUCAGCCACUCUGCAUCUUUCCAACAUCCCCCCUUCUGUUACAGUGGAUGAUCUGAAGAACCUUUUCACAGAAGCUGGAUGUUCAGUGAAGGCUUUUAAAUUCUUUCAGAAAGAUCGCAAAAUGGCACUCAUUCAGUUGGGAUCUGUGGAAGAAGCAAUCCAGGCCCUCAUUGAACUUCAUAACCAUGACCUUGGAGAAAAUCAUCACCUCAGAGUUUCCUUCUCAAAAUCUACAAUCUGAUUUUUCUGUGAAUUUUUCUCCUAAGACUGGACCAUAAUUUCAGUAAAACCUUCAGACAUAGACUGAAGCAACUCAAGACCAAUUCUGCCUCUUUCACAAAAAUAACUCUGAGUUUGAUAUCCAAGUAUAUUCAGAAAAUUAAGGGACGUUCUUUUUUUCCAUUUUUCCCCCUUGCCAGUAUGUGAUCAAAGGUUCGUUUUUUCCUUUGUACCUUAGUGUCUAUGAAAAUAAUCUUCAGGAAAAAAAAUCAGGAAAAGAAUUUUUUUAAUAAUUUAAUUCCCUGUAUUAAAUUGGAUUUCAAGAGGACAGUCUUUCUUUUAGUUUGGGUCCAGAUCAGCCUUAUACAACAUUUGUAAACUCCUUUGUACUUUGGAAAAAUUUAAACAUACAGGCUUUUAAAAUUACUUACAACAAAGUUUUUAACUUUAUGAUUCAGAAGUUCGACCCCUAUAGGAAAUUAUGUUCACUUCUAAAUUAUAUCAGUUGUUAGGCAUGUAUUGAUAGGUAUUAUACAUAAACAAAUUGGGUUGUAUUGGAAGAAAAUUUAUAAACUUGCACAUUUUCUUUCAAUUGUUUCUUUUUUUCACUGUAAGACACUCCUUUGAAGAAUACAUCUCUUUAAUUUUUUAAGACUAUUUGGAGAAAUGAAGUGUCUCAGUUGUCCCCAAAGGAAAUUAAGUGGAAUCCAAGAUCUGUUAAGGUGUCAAAAGAAAUAGUAAUUUUAUGAGGAAAAAUCAUGGUUUAAUUUUCAAAAUGAUACUAUUUGCCGAGUAAUAUGAUCUUCAAAAAUUUAAAAAGAAAAAUAAUCCUACUUAUAAACUACUUUUUUAUAAUUGUUUUCAGAAAAAAAAGUUUACAAGGAAAAUAUUCAGGUCUAUCAUAUGGUUUGACAGAUUUUUUAAAAGUUAUUUUUGGUAAGGUCUUCUUUUAGAAAAAAAUUAAUCUCAAGGGUUUUUUGUACCACUAUAAUCUCUAAUACUUAUUCAGAAUUACUGUCUAUUUACUUAAUUUCUUAUUAUGUGCCUUAUUAUGUGCUUAUGAUACAAUAGGUUAGAAUUUUAUCUAAGUAUCUUGAAAGCUAUAUUGUGGGCUUGGUGAGCAUUUUGUUUUUUUUUCCCUGUUUUGGUAAGGAUUUUAAAGUUUUUCAUUGCAAUUUUAAGUGGUUUUCAAUAAGUAAUAGUUUUUAUUCAAAUUUUUGGUGCUUUGGUGCAGAGAUGGGGUGGGGAAGGGUGAAUGGUUUGGGGAAUAACUCAGUUGCACACCUGUAGGCCUCUUCACUUUGUGACCAAUAGUGGUCAUUGCCAGUUAUAGCAUACCAGUUUGGGACUAUAAAAUACAAUUUCAGUUUCUGAAUCUUGUCUAACCUUUAUCACCCAUUAGAAUUUGUCUCAGGAUUACUUGGUUUUUCUCAGUACAGUGCGAUGCUUUUCUUUGUUAAUGUAACUUUAUUACUAAGUGUCCACAUUAUAUGGGGUAUGAGAAGGUGGGUCCUUUCUCAUACUCUGUCCCUUUCUCUUUUUGGUUGAGUGUAAGAAUGCAUUUUAAUGUUACUUCAGUGAUUCUAUAAUGUAAAA